GGCAUUAAGUCAACUAUAACACAAAAUAAAAUUAAAAAGAAAAACUUUUAAAGGAUGAGAAAAAGGCAGAGAGAAAACCACAGCAGAAGAGAGAGGCGAUCAGGAGAGUAGACAGUCUUCUUUGCAGGAGUUGACUGACAUGCAGCCAAGAUUCACAGCCUCCUUAAUGAUAGGGAUUUUUUUGUGUGUUUUUUUUUAAGUUUUUCAGAAGGAGCCCAAUUAUUCCAGGUACUAAUUCCAGGGAAAUGCAUCCUGUGGGUCAUCUCUGUGUUGCUGGGAACAACAUUCCUAGAGUAAAAGUAUUUAUAUGAAGGCAGAAAGAAAGGUCUACAAAAUUAUUUCAAAAUAAACCUGUAGGUGAGUGCCGAGGAAACAGGAAUUGGCCUACUUCUCUGGAAGUUGCCAGUUGUAUCAACUUUUUACAUACCAUUUGAUCCAAAUUUACACUCGUUGGAAUUUAUUUCACAGAUAUAUUCACUUGUAUAUAGUCAAGGAUGCUGAUACAACAACACUGGUGAAAGCAAAAAGUUGGAAACUUCCUGUAUGUUCAUAGAUAGCAGACAAAUUGACCUCCUUUACAAUGGAAUACCAUACAACCUUAGAAAAGAAUGACCAAGCUUUUUAGGUUUGGACAAUCUCUCAGCUAUUUUAAGUGGGAAAAAUUACAUCGCGGGACAGUGUGAAUGCUUGUAUACGCAUAAUUUUUUCCUGAAAGAUUACAUAAGAAACUUAGAUGUGGCUACCUCAGGAAAGUAGGUAGGGUAAAGAGAGACUGACUUUUCAGUUAAAAAUAUACCCUUCUCUACUACUUUUUCUCUUACCAUUAUCAAGUAUUAUGGUCUUUUUCAAUUUAAAUGUUAUUUUUCCUAGAAUAAACUAAAAAAAAACUUUUAAAAAAAAAAAAACAUAGGUGUGAGCAUAUAAUGGCAAUAUUCUUUCUGGUUUACUGCGUGCCCCUGUACCUAAAACUUAAUAAGCUCUAACCCAAUUACUCUUUAUAGCAAAUUUAUGAAGUAGACAUAAAUUUGUAGACGUAUACAUGCAUCUCUCCAUUGUACAGGUGAGGAAACCGACGUUCAGGGAGAUUAAAUGAUACAGUAAUUGACAGAGAUCGGGUUUGAACCCCAAACCGUGGAAUCCCAAACCCACGCGGUUUUCCCUCGCAGUCCUUUGGCCUCUGCUUCCAGGCGGGAAGUGCACUUACAGGACGACCUGCACCACACGGUGCAGCGCCCCAGUCAGGCGCACCCGCGGCCCCUGCGUGCACAGGGCUUUACGCUUCGGGAGCGCGCGCACGCAGCGGCGCGGGCUCGGCGGCGGCGGCAGCAACGACGUCACAGCCCGAGCUUUCCUUUUCGGGAGUCCCCGGCACACAUCCUGUGUCCAUGUUUGGGCAUUUACGUCACGGCGGCAGGGACGGGGCCUCCCGAAAUGGCAGUGGCCCCGGGAGUCGGAAGCCCUGAGCUAGCGCAGCCGCUGCUAUAUAAGUGGGAGGGCCGCAGGUUGGGGGAGCCCGGCUGAGCUUUGGAGACGCGAGAAGCAGCCGCCGGAGGCCGGUCCCAGCAAACAAGGGCGCCUCGGCCCCCUAACCCGUAUCCCAGAGGUGAGCUCCCAGGUGCCUGAGUUUGCGAGGCGCAAGGUUCCCCGACUGCGCGCCUCCCCUCCAUCCGCGCGCCCCCAAGCCCACCGGGCGAGGCCCCGGGCGCCACGCAGUCACCGCCGCGCCAUGCUCCACCUUAGCGAGUUUUCCGACCCCGACGCGCUCAUGGCCAAGUCCACCGAAGGCUGUUGCUCCGAAACCAGUACCGAAGUGUCCCGGCUACCCGCCAGGGACGCGCCCGCGGCCGUUGGCUACCCCGGAGCAGGAGACUUCUUGAGCUGGGCAUUGAGCAGCUGCGGCGCUGGGGGUGACUUAGCCGACUCCUGCUUCCUGGAGGGGCCUGCGCCCACGCCCCCUUCGGGCCUCAGCUACAGCGGUAGCUUCUUCAUCCAGGCAGUGCCCGAACACCCGCACGACCCGGAGGCACUCUUCAACCUCAUGUCGGGCAUCCUAGGCCUGGCACCUUUCCCCGGCCCUGAAGUGGCAGCAUCCCGGUCUCCGCUGGACACCUCUUUUCCCACAGGCCCCGACGCCUUGCUGCCGGGUCCGCCGGACCUUUAUUCCCCGGAUCUGGGCGCUGCCGCCUUCCCAGAGGCGUUUUGGGAGGCCUCGCCCUCGGCUGGCGCCCCCUCACAGUGCCUGUAUGAGCCUCAGCUCUCCCCACCCGACGUCAAGCCAGGCCGCCGAGCUCCUCCGGCCUCUCCAGCGUUGGACACUGCCUUGGCCUUCAAAGGUCCCUACGCUCCCUGGGAGCUGCUUUCAGCCGGGGCCCCAGGGAGCUGUGGGUCACAGGGAGGCUACCAGGCCGCCUCUGAGGCCCGUUUCCCCCCAUUGGAAGCCAAGAUUGAAGAUGUGCUGUCCAUCAGCUGCCCCGCGGAGCUGCCGGCUGGCCCGGCCAACAGACUCUACCCCACUGGGGCCUACGACGCUUUCCCGCUGGCCCCGGGUGACUUAGGGGAGGGGGCUGAGGGCCUCCCGGGGCUCCUGACCCCUCCUAGUGGGGAGGGAGGGAGUAGCGGCGACAGUGGAGAGUUCCUGGCCGGUACACAGCCUCAGCUUUCCCCGCUGGGCCUCCGCAGUGCCGCUGUGGACUUUCCGAAACCUCUGGUGGUGGACAUCCCUGGGAACAGUGGUGUGCCUGAAUCUCCAGCGCCGCCAACCCCAUUCCCCCCAGCUAAGGCACGGCGCAAGGGGCGCCGGGGUGGCAAGUGUAGCGCACGCUGCUUCUGCCCGCGGCCACAUGCCAAGGCCUUUGCUUGCCCGGUGGAGAGCUGUGUGCGCAGCUUUGCGCGCUCCGACGAGCUCAACCGCCACCUGCGCAUCCACACGGGCCACAAACCCUUCCAGUGCCGCAUCUGCCUCCGCAACUUCAGCCGCAGCGACCACCUUACCACACACGUGCGCACCCACACUGGCGAGAAGCCCUUUGCCUGCGACGUGUGCGGCCGCCGCUUCGCGCGCAGCGAUGAGAAGAAACGGCACAGCAAGGUGCACCUCAAGCAAAAGGCGCGCGCCGAGGAGCGGCUCAAGGGUCUAGGCUUUUACUCGUUGGGCCUCUCCUUCGCCGCCCUGUGAGGGGAAAACAGGUUUGUAGUUUGGGGCGCCGCCGCUCCAGCUCGUACGAAAAGACCUGGCCCGCCCCCUUCCCCCUUCCCCCUUCCCCACUCUUCCCGGCACGCCCCGGGGCCGGCCUCUGGUCCGGCUUGCAAGUUCCCUGGAAGAGCCCGCUGCACACGCUCCGUUCAGCACCAGCUCUAUGGACAGCUCCCGCCGUCUGGGCGCUGUCAACCGCGCUUUGGGGAAGUCCUCUCAGGCCACCCACUGAGCAGGCACUUCCUUGGGACUCAAUACAGUCUUUUGUAACAGGCGCACGCCCCACGCCGUCCCCUACCCCAUCCCCCACCCCAGAGACAGGCUUGGGCAGCGCCGAGCCGGUCUCGCGCGGUAUUUUGUAUAGCAAUGUCGUUUCCAGCAGCCAUUGGAUGUAACGUUUUGCUUUGGGGUUAUUUCCUUUUUGUUGUUAAUUUUUUGUAAAGCAGACGCUACUCUUAAGCAGUUGGCAAAACUGUUUAUUUUUGCAAUUAAAAUUAUUGUGCUAAAAGCUUACUGAAUCUGCCAUCCAAGCUCCUGACCCCUUCCCCCAACCACACCCCCAGGUGAAUAUGUGCUAUUAGAAAAGAAAGACCCUCACACUCAUGGAGUCAUUAUGCACCUACUGUCAGGCAAUGUGGCACAUAGUAGGCAUUCAAUAAAUAUGUACUGAAUUAACGAAUGAAUUUAAUCACAGCUGACCCAAGGGCUCAAGGUGUUUUUGGAAUUUGAGAGUGGUUGAGAGGCUUAGGUGUUAAACAUUAUGCAUAUAUUAUCCUCCUUAAUCCUCACAAUCCUGAGUGCAGCAGUCAUAUACUCCAUCUCAGAGAUGAGGAAGCAAAGCAGGUAACUUGCUGGGCAACCCAGCUAGGAACUGACAGGGUCAAACUCAGAUCUGUCUGGCUCCAAAGCCAGUGUUUUCUUCCCAACCCCAGAAUGGUGGUAACUUGGCUUAAUAGCACUGUUUGGAAAGCCUUCCUACCAAGAGGUGAAAUAGGUUCAGCAACAAGAGGGAGCCCCAAGCAAUAGUGUCAGCAGCAGAAGACUGCAGUAUUUCAGUGCUGUUUGUGAACACUGUUUGCUGUUCGCGUUGAGUGUCACAGAGGCUCCAGCAAGUGGCUAUGUAUCUGUAUGAGGAUCACAUGCUGUCAGGGCCAAGAAGAACUCAGCAUACUCUAGACCAGCGGUUCUCAACCUGUGGGUCACAACCCCUUUGGGGGUUGAACGAGCC